AGGGCUUUCCUCUAUAGGUUAGUAAUUCUCUUGGAAGAGCAUUUUGAUCUUAGGUCUCUGUUUCAGAUGCUGUGUCAACUCCAAAAAAUUGUAAAAAAAAGAACAAUAUAAAAUGAUUAAAGGAAAAAACGUAUGGUGUGCAGUACCAGCGUGCACAAAAAAAUUUAAUUUAGAAAAGCGUUAUUUUUUCCGAUUUCCAAAGGAGCAUGAAAGAUGGUUGCAAUGGGUACGAGCAUGUGGAAGGCUGGACUUAGAACCAAAAGGUCCAGAAUAUGCGUACCAGAAUUGUCGGUUAUGUCAUUUGCAUUUCAAAGAAAAAUGGUACAAAAUAAAUAAAAUGAGAGCUCGUCUUCAUCCAGAUGCCAUACCGACAAUAUUUUUUGGACCAGAAUGUGGGAAAGAAAACACGAUUGACAUUGAAGACAAAGCAGAAAUAAAUAAAGAAAUAGAUAGAGAACUUGCAAAUAAUAUAACACAGGAAAAAAACAGCAAUAUGGAAUCUACAGAAACACAGCAGGAGCAUCUGGAAAAACAUAUGGAAAUCAAAACCGAAGUAGAAACAAAUGACAAUAUGGAAUUUGCAGAAACACUACCAAUUAUUGUUGAUAACAUGGAUACUGAGAUAAUUAAACCAAAUACAUCUAAGCAUACAAAACAGGACAUGAAAUCGUCGGAGGAUAGUCCAAGGAAAAACAAGCUGCGUGUGAAGCUCGCAAAAUUGAAGGCACAAAACAAAACACUCCGCGAAAUAAUCCGACGACUCCAUUUGAAGGCAAAAAAGAAGAACAUACGAGACUAAAGAGCCAAAGAAACUAACGAACAAGAAACUUUAUAAAAAUUAGUCCGUCCAAGAAAUUAUAAAGAACUGAA